AUGCUUUCAAUUCAAUCAUUAUUAAUUCCUCGAUUACUCUCAUCUAUUGUAAUUCGAUUUCGUUCAAUUGGAUUAAUAAUAUUCAAUUUCCUUUUGAAUAUUUUUGUGAACCGUUUUACAAUACUAUAUCCUUUAAUUAAAUUUAUUGGUCAAUAUAUUCAAUUAUUUUUGGGUAUUAUUACUGGAAAUCAUUCUAGUUUAGUUAAUAUUUCAGAUGGUGAUUUUAGUAUUGGAACAAACGCUUAUCAAUUAUUUAAUCAAAAGAAUAAUAAUAAAGAUUAUAAUAAUCCUGAUAUUCAUGAUAUAUUUCAUAUAUAUUUAUCUAAAAUAUUAUAUGAAUCAUCUGAUCGAAUAAAAGAACAAUGUAUAGAUUGGGGAUUUAAUGAAGAAUUAAUUGAAAUAUUAACUUAUGAAUCAACAGAUGUAAAAAAAUAUUUAUAUUCAACAGAAGCAGCUGUAAUUAAUCAUGAUGAAUCAAAUACAAUUAUUAUUGCAUUUCGAGGAACAGAACCAAUGGAUUUAUUAGAAUGGAUGACUGAUGUUUCAACAAAUUUCAUUGAUAUUGAUAAUGUAUUUAAUGAUAUGAAUAAUAAUAAUAGUAAUGAUAAUAAAAUUCGAGUUCAUGCUGGAUUUUAUUUUGCAUUAGGUUUAGAUGCAUUUGAUCCGUCACAACCAAUUGAUUUCAGUAAAGUCACUAAAAAAACACCAAUGUUUAUUCAAUUGUUAAAGUAUAUACAAAAAUUUGAUCAUGAUGGUAAUAAAUGUAAUAUAUCGAUCACGGGUCAUAGUCUUGGAGCUGGAUUAGCCUCAUUAUUUAGUUUUGUUUUAUUAGCCUAUGGUUAUGAAUCAUCCAUUUCUGCUGUUUAUACCUAUGGUCAACCAUUAGUAGGCAAUCGUCGUUAUGCAGAAAUAUUAAAUAAUAAAUUGGGAAAUCGAAUUCAUCGAUGGGUAAAUCACAGUGAUGUUGUUACACGUAUUCCAGUAAUUGAAUUACCAUCAAUUGCAUGGUAUUAUGCUCGAACACUAUAUUCAGAUGCAUUGGAAGGUGCAACAAAUAAUAAUCAAACAAAAUCUAAUCCAUCCUAUAAACUUUAUUAUCAUUCAGGAUUAAGAUUUAAAAUUGAUCGUAAAGGAAAUUUAAUAAGACAAAAUUUAAUAGAUGAAGGACCAAUACUUGCAUGCGAAGAUAGAUUUGAUUUAUUUCAUUUCAUUUAUUCAAUUGGUAAUGUAAUUGAUUCAUUGUUCAACAUAACACCUUUAAGAAGCUUUUUAUGGUUGACUGGUCCUGUUGAAAUAAAUGAUCAUUUUCCUGGUGAUUAUGCAAGAAAAAUCAAAAAGAUUGUCACAAAAAAAUAA